ACAUAGUAGCUCCACGUAAAGCACCAAUAAACCUCUCAUAUCCCCUAUACGAACUUUCAAAGUUCCCUUCCCUCCAUCAUUUUCUUGCCUUUGUUCUCCUCUUUUCAACCUUCUAACUUUCAUCAUCUUUUGUUUUUUCUCCAUUCUUCUGCAUGCUUCGUUCUUUCACAUCACAAUCUCUUACUCGAGCUUGUGCAUAUCCCUCCUACUUUUCUUCUUUUGUCAACAACAACAACAACAACAAUAUAUUCCAACUCCCUAUGGAAAACAAGCACUCCCAAGGGAUGAAGGAUGAACAGAGAGAAGGGUACUGCAAGGAAGCGGCUGGUGAUUAUAAUCACUCAAAUAGUACUUCUGAUUAUAUACUUCCCCAUCUUCUCAAUUUAUAUGCAUCGCGCGCCACAGCACGAGAUUUUGAGAUUUAUGCUCCAAAUGCAACGUUUGAAGAUCCCCUUAUGCGGGCAGAGGGGGUAAAGCAGAUAAAAUCGUCAUUUUAUUCACUUGGGAAGGUCUUCCGUGAAUCAAGAAUCGUAGAAUACAACAUCACAGAGAAAGAAAUUUCUCCUGGAAAUAAAGAGAUUUUAAUUGACAGCAAACAAUAUUACAAGUUCUUGGGGAAAGACAUUCAUAUGAUAUCACUGAUCAAGUUGUACACUGAAGGAGGAAAGGUUGUUCGUCAUGAAGACUGCUGGGAUAAGAAUCCUUUGCGGAAUAGGGAGACCGUCAAGGUACCACUUGUUGGUCGCAUGAUGGAGGUAUCUCGUAGAGCUUCGAUGCUUUUAACUCAUGUUCUAAUGGGGUGUGGAAAAGAUCCCACCAUGUAAAUUGCAAUGCACUGUUUUAAGUGUUUCAGUUAGUUUUACCUAGCUGCAGCUUUAUAAUCAUGUAACCUGCUGUAUAUGUUGCUUGUGUAAGACAACUAUUCUGUAUUUCUGUUGCUAUGUGGGUUGAACCACAAACAUUUGUAGUAUUAUUUUGAAAUCUCUGGUUAUAUAUUAUAUCUGAUGUAGAUAA